AUAACAACAAUCCAUGAGCUUCACAGUGACUUUGAAUCAAUUUUUUCACACUGCAAGUUGAUUCCAUGGUUUCUUACUAAUGUCAAGAGCAAAAUACAGAAUUUUGGGUUUUGAUCAAUGAGGAAUUGUACCAAUAGAACGGGCACGAAGGAGAGAUCCAGUUAGCAAAGGCUUCUGCACAAAGUUAUCAAUUACCUAAUAGCGAGAAGGAUAGAUGAGUGAACAGUUAUAACGAAAAUUAAGUUUCUUGCGAGGAUGAUGUUUAUUAAGGGAUGAAAGUUGACCUUUUCAGAGGAGAAGAACGUAAUACAAAACGACAGCAUUGAAUGUCGACCCAGAGAUUCCUCAUGACGAUUCUGCUCACACACCAUCCUGGAAUUCCAUUGUCAGAGAUUGAAGAAGGAUGAAGAACCCUAAAUAUGAAAGUUGCUAUUGUCCUGAGUUGAAGGCGAGAAGGCGAAGGUGAAUGGAUUUAACUUUUGUUAAUUUUAAUCCAAGGCCACUUGGUAAAAGUCCAUAACAAAUUAAACGAAAUCAACGAUGUGCACAUGUGUCACAUGAAAGCCGAUUUAAUGAGGUGGAAUCCUAUGUGGCGCAUCAUAGAGUGAGAUAACUGUACUUUAUUAUUAUUUUUUUUAUUUUUGUCAGCGUACGAUAUUUAUUAGAUUCCUAUAAAACUCGGUUACAAACAAGAUAUGGUUUUAUAAUAGGGAAUUCGGCAAAAAAAAACACGAACUUUGCAGGAAUUGCCAAAAGAAACCUCGACAUAUUGGUUGGCCAAAAAAACACCAUACUUUUGUUGACUUUUUCAGUUUAUUAAGCAACUUAGGAUUGACUGACCAGAUUAACACACCGUUAGAAGAGUUAACAGAUAUUUAAGACGGCUUUAAGCGACGUUAAUUGGGGGCGUUAAUUAGGACGACCUCGUUUUAUCUCUUUGUCUCAUUAAAGACAAAUGAAUGAAACGACAUCGUUUUAGGUAGCUUUGUUAUUAAAAAUAUGUGCCUUCCGCGGGUCGAACUCGUGCACUCGUGAUCAAUGGUAGGGGUUGUGCCACUGAGCUAGUGGACUUUUCAAUGGAUUGAUGAACAGAGUUAUUUUUAAACUAUGAAAUAUGAGGUAAAUGAAUAAAAAAGAAACGACGACGUUUUCCUCUUCGUCUUCAAUUUUUUAACGAACACGAACCCUAAAUUCCCAAAAUCUCAAAUCGUGUUUCCUCUUCAAGCUCGAUUCCCUCCUUUCCUUCUUCGAGUAUCGCAUGAUGAGUUCGGGUUGUGAGGAUUCGUCUGUCAAUGCGAUGGGUAUUCGUGGUAUUCCGGAGAAAUGCGAGUGUGGUCGAAGCACUGCGAUAUACACAUCAAAAUCGAAGCAGAAUCCAGGAAGAACCUUCUUUAGAUGCCCAACGUUUCGAAAUGUAAAUCACUUGUAUAAAUGGGUAGAUGAAGCUGUCUACGAAGAGGUUCAGGAUGCAUUGCCAAAAAUCGAGUGCUUUGCAUCGGAUCUCAUGAAAAUUAAAAUGGAGAUCGAAAGCUUCAAAACUGCAGAGGAAGAGUUGAAAGAAGAUGUUAGGAAGGCGAGCAGUGAACUUAAGAAGCUGAAUGUGAUCAUGAAAGUGGGUUUUGUGAUGGUUUUCUUAAGCAUUAUCGCAUGUCUUGUGUUGAUCAUGUUUGAUAAAGCAAAUGGGUUGUCUUUGAAUAGCUACUAGGAGACUCUAUUUAUGUUAUU